AUGCAAGAACCUCCAUCAUCGUCAUCAGAAGGAAGUGAUAAUUCAUCUACAUCAGCAAAACCGAAAGUCAUUGAAUUGGCUAAUAUUAAAAUACAACAUCAACGCCAACCUCAUGUUGAAGUAGUGGAAAAUUCACCUUUAAAAACACCAACAGUCAAAUAUAACGUCGACGAUGAGGAUAGUGAUGAUGAAGAAGUUGUACAACAAUCAAGAGGCAGAGUUGCCGAACAUCAAAGUCUAUUAAAUGGGGAAACGGAACGUGAACAUCUCGGAGUCACAAAUCUAGAUGCCUUCUUUCAACAAGUUUAUGUAUACUUCUAUGAAAAAGGCUUUUGGUGCAUGUUGGUAGAUAGAUGUCUACGAUUAUGUACUGUAUUUUUCAUGAUGAUAUUCUCAACUUUCCUAUUUGUAUUUCUAAAUUGGUAUGAUAUGUGGCAUUGUCAGGAUGUUGCUUGUAAAACAGUUCCAGUUUUUCGUAAAAAUGUUUGGACAAUGAAUGCCUUCCAUAUUGUUGUCCUCUUAUUUGAAUUCGUUGUUUGUUUUUAUUGGAUGUAUUUACUUGUAAAAUAUCUGAGGGAUUUAUUGGGAAUGUUAUCAAUCAAACACUUUUUCAAUACUGAACUUAAUAUAACUGAGAAGGAUAUUCAAACUAUUCAAUGGGUUGAAGUUGUAGAAAAGAUUAUUGAAUUCCAAAAUAAGAAAAAGAUUAAUAUUAUCAAAAACGUAGACGAAUUCGAUAUUUUAAACCGUAUUAUGAGAAAAGAAAAUUACUUGAUAUCAUUCAUCAAUAAGGAUGUUAUGAAUCUAACACUUCCAUUCUCUCAGAAAACUUAUCUCUCUGAAAUUAUUGUUUAUAACUUGAGAAUUGUUGUAGAUAACAUGUUCGAUAGCGAAUUCAAAAUUAAUGAGGCCUUUGUAAAAAACCCAAAUGCUCUCAGAGCUUUCUUUGUAAAAUUGGGUCUCAUUAAUUUAUUACUCGCACCAUUUUUACUUAUAUAUAUUAUUUUGUACACUUCAUUUAAAUACUUAGCCGAGCUCAAAAACGAUCCAAAGAAAGCACUUGGAAGAAGGUGGUCAUUAUAUUCCACAUUCAAAUUCAGAGAGUAUCAUGAACUUGCUCAUGAAUAUGAGAGAAGACUAAAGGAAGGCUAUGGCCCAUCUAUUGAUUAUUUAAAUCAAUUCCCUAAUGUCUUACUUUCUAUUGUUGCUAAUAGAGCAAUGUUUUUUAUAUCAGCAAUAGCCGGAGUAAUAAUUGUACUUUCAUACUUGAAUAACUCACUUACUCUUUAUUUGACAGUAUUUAAUCAAAACUUAUUGACUUGGUUGACAACUUUAUUAUUGGGUUGGGCAUUUGCUAAGGGAUUUGUAAUUGACGAACAUGCCGUUUUCAAUCCAAAACAAAAGCUAGAUGAUGUUUGUGAAAUUUUACACCACCACGAUCUUAAAUGGAAGGGUAAAGGUCACCAUCACGAUGUGAGAGAUGACUUUGUUGCCCAUUUCAUUCCUAGCUAUUCCUACUUCUUGAAUGAAAUUGUCAGUGUAUUUGUAACACCUAUUAUCCUCAUUAUUUCAUUACCAAGAAGUGCAGAGAGAAUAUCCUCCUUUGUUGAUCAAAUCACUGUUGAUUAUCAUGGAUUAGGACAUAUUUGUGGUCAUGCUGCAUUCAAAUUUAAUGAAUUUGGUAAUGAUAUGUACGGUAGUCAAACUCUUGGAGGUACCAAGCAUGCUGCUUCUGAGCAUGGUAAAAUGGAGUUAUCAUAUCUCAGCUUUGUGAAUAGAUAUCCAAACUACAAACCAAAGGAUGACAAUGGAGAAAAGGCAUUUAUCAAUAACCUUAAUCAAUCUAUUCUUGCAAAGAAGGAAACCAUUAAGGAACAACAACAGCAAGUAGAGCAACCUCCUGUUCAACAACAAGCUGCCAAAUUCUCUCCAGUUGUCAUAGUGCAACCACCAAGAGAAAAUACUCUUCGUCCUCCUGUACAAAAUGAUCUCUCUGAGUCUAGACUUCUUUUCAAUAUGUUGGAAAGUCAAUAUCAAAUUAGAAUGGACCAAUCUAUGAAUCAGUCAACCUGGAGAAGAAAAUAAACAAAUGAUUUAUUCC